AUGUUCCUAGACGUCGAGAGACUGAGGAGAAUGCAUGAUUUCGGUCAGAGGGACAGCAAAUAUACUACUACCCUAAAUAUCAAAACGCUGCCUCAGGCUGCAAGGCAUCUGGGGUCGCAAGCUAACCGCAUCGAGAUAGUAAGCGGGGCCUAUCCGUUCACCCAGCCAAUAACCAACAUGGGAUCAGGCACGAGAAAUGAGCAUGACUCGCCCUCAGUAAAGCUUCGUCUUCUUAUCUUCAAGUGGUUGAGGCCACAAAAACGGCGUAUUCGGAGUCACUUGACCUUGCUGGCCUCGUGGGCUUUAUAUUUCCCGGUAUGUCUUCUUAUCCGUCUGCCAUUAGUACAAAUUCACCGCUCUGCCCUCCCUGUCCACGACUUGCGCGUUGUUGUCUUGCUUCGUCGGAGAAAUUUGCGACAUCACGAGACCAUGCUGACCUUAAGCCGCUUCACCAGUCGUCCCCAUAUAAUCUACACCAGGAGCACCCAUACACUUCUAGACUUUCAGCAAAAACAGGGCACCAUGACUGAUUCAAAUCCGCUCUCGCGGAGCAAGUCCGCACCGACUCUAUCUGAGGAAGCCAUGGCUUCGAAUGCUCCUCUCUCCCCCGACCUCCUUGCGACCGAUACAGAUGGGCUUUCCGGGCCUCCCGAGGGUUCGACGUCGCCCACAUCUACACCAGGAAGACUGUCUAGAAACCCCUCCUUUUCGAAUAGUAGCUCGUACCAGGAGGACUGGGAGACAUUCCCACCGUUGGAUAAGCUGAGCUUUUUCGAGCUGUUCGAUACAUUUUCAUUGUCACAGAAGCUGGAGAGAUGGAACCAGGCGUUGAACAUGCAACGAGACCGAGUGCGCCGACAGCGCGAAAAGUUCAAGUCCGUCUCUGGUCUUGCCAAGGAUCGCGUGGUCGAUGAAUGGAGGAAGAGAAUUCCUACUGCCGACGAACAGUUGGACAAGUACAAAAACCGUAUGCGAGACUCGGUCGACAGGUUGACGAAGCAAUGGAACAAGGUAGCAACAGUCACUCUUCGGGAGAAAGUAUCGUUCAUUGCUGGUGUGAUGAAUAUUUUCAUCAGUGGUUACCUUAUGGGAGCUUGCCCGGAAAAAUUCUAUUGGUGGUACACUGCUCAGCUUGCCUAUUUUAUGCCUAUUCGUUUGUACACCUAUCAUAAACGCGGCUAUCACUACUUCUUGGCCGACUUGUGUUACUUUGUCAAUUUUCUGGCCAUGUUGAGUAUCUGGGUGUUUCCGCAAUCGAAACGGCUUUUAAUCGGGACGUACUGUCUGGCUUACGGAAACAAUGCGGUUGCUAUCGCUAUGUGGCGCAACUCAUUGGUGUUCCACAGCAUGGACAAGGUUGUCAGUGUCUUUAUUCAUAUCAUGCCCCCAGCUGCUUUCCAUUGUAUUGUACAUUUGACACCUCCUGAGAUACUCAAGGAAAGAUUUCCAGCUGUAUGGGAUGUCAAGUUCAGUCAGCCUGGUGCUCCCGAACAUUUCACAUUGCUGGCGAUGAUGCUCUGGGCUUCCAUCCCUUAUGCAAUCUGGCAAUUAUCCUACCACCGCUUCAUUACAGUUCGCCGCGCAGACAAGAUUGCCGCUGGACGACCAACCAGUUUCACUUGGCUCCGGCGUUCUUAUGCGAAAACUUGGAUUGGCAAAUUUGUGCUUAGUCUUCCUAAUAUCCUUCAGGAGCCGGCAUUCAUGAUGAUUCAAUAUUUCUAUGCACUUUUAACCAUGAUCCCCUGCCCUCUAUGGUUCUGGUACCGUUGGGCGAGCUCUGUGUUCAUGCUUGGCGUGUUCAUCUGGAGUAUUCACAAUGGUGCGACUUAUUAUAUUGACGUAUUUGGAACACGGUUCCAAAAGGAAUUGGAACAGUUGAAGAAGGAUGUCGCCAAAUGGCAAACCAGUCCUGAUUACGCCACAAGUCCGCUUCUUACCCCCGGUCUCGCUACCGAGCAGGGUUCCCGGUUGCUCAGCGACUUGGCUACAACACCUGGCGAGGAACUGGACAAGUCUAGUCUUGAGCGUAUCCCGACUCUUGAUGCCUUGUCUGAGACUACUGGUAACCAGCCUCGCGCACCAGACGCUGCAUCUGCCUUGCGAAACCGGGCGGCCGCUCAAUAAGUCAUAGGAUUUCCCAUAUGUUAACUCCGUUUUGGUACUUGCACUUGCAUUCUUCGUUACGAUUGGACCUGAAUAUAUUGUUUUACAUACGUACCACAUACACCGUUGCGUUAUGAUUUAUGAUUUGUUGAUGAUACCACCUAUGCAAGCACCUUUUGACCCCCAUUGCUUUCUGUCAUUAGAAUAGUAUGCUUAUUCAUGUGCGUUCCAGUCAUUUACCUUGAUCUGUACUUUUGUUUUGGCGUUAUGUACACAAACAUGACUGUAUAUCAGAAUGUAAAUUGUCAGUAAGUUAGAGCAAUCCUGCCUAUAUCAGCGCCGGAAUGGGAUAUAGUUUAUCCACGCG